UUCUCCAAGAACUUUCAACAUUUGUGGAUUUUUCAACGUAACAGGAAUCCAUCGUCUUGUCGUGUUUACUUCAGAUUUCUUUCAGCAGAUCUUAUGAGUUCUCGGAUGGAAGUCUUGCGCUGUUUCAAUUGCGACCACACUGGUAGAAGGCACGAGGAAUUUUUCAAUAUUACUAAAAUUCAUCCGUCAUUUGCUGAGAAAGCAGACUCAGAAAGUGAAGAACAAGGACACGACAAGUUUCUGAAAGAAAACGCUUUCCUAGUGUGUUGUGAUUGCGUCUACGAUCGUCUACAAGAGUGUCAUAGCUGUGCCAAGAAAGCGCCUCUGUGCAUGUUCAAAAUUGCGGAGUGGUUUACCGACAAGAAAAAUCGGAAUUGUAUCGAUUGUGCUGCAACUCUCGAGGCGCUUGCAUUAUUUCAGACCGGCUAUCAUUCCAGUGUGAUCAUUCGCCAGUGCUCGGUUUGUCGCCAUUUUAAAUAUUUACCGUCGUUUAUCAAUUGGAGAAAACACCAACCGCACGAAACAUUAAAAGAUUGCUUCGAGUGCCAACUCCGGCGAGAUAUCGUGCAAUAUAAGAGGAAAGUUCGAGAUCGAUACGAAGAAAAACUUCAACAAGAACCUGUUCUUGGUGAUGACAUCCAACCGUCAAGGACAGGUGGCAAAGAACGGUUUGAGGAGACACUCGCGCAACAGGGAGCAACAUACGCGUCUGUUGUUUCGAAAGGAUUCUCUGAUGGUAAAUCGUCGUAUACUACGAGCGACGAAGGCCAUUUGAGAACUAAACAAAACACUGCACUUCUAAACGCUCCGAUCGAAAGUGGACAACACAGAGGAAAGAGCCUUAGCACUGGUUUAGAAGAAUCAUUUUGUACCAAAGUACUUGAAGCCCUGAAGACUUCAUUUAACCAGCUAGAGGAGAAAACUAAGCUAGAGCUCAAGCUUUUGCAGUCCGAUCCACACUUUUGGAAGGUUGCACUGCGGGACAAACUUUUGAGAGUGUCACAACUAUUUUCGAGCCAGGCAACUGACCAAAUUCAGUUUAAUGAUGCAGAAUCACGCUGGGCUUAUCUCGGAACUUACACAGCAGCUCAUGCCACCUUGAUUCAUGCUGUAGUGACGUCAGGUCAAUUUGAGCCUCUCACAGAAUUUGUAAAGAAAAGUCAAAAUCUGGAGAGGCAAAACUGUUCCUGUUAUCAAAAUUUGUGUCUGCUGUUCAGAAUCUCCCAGGAUCUUUCCAGUAUCUCCUUGACAUUGUUAAGCGAGCCUCCCCAGGAUCAUUAUUCCUCUUUGUGGACAAUGCGCACAUUCAAACCAAGUACUUCAUAGAAGACUUGAUAUUCCCCUCGCAUGAUAGCACAGAGCAAGAGGAGUACAAAGAAAACAAAUCAUUUAGGUUGUAUACUACAUAUGCAGAACUUAACUCCGACCGCGAGGAAGGUUUAAAGUCGGCUGCCAUGUGUGAAUGGGUGAGUCUUAUCAGUUACUGGCUGGACAGGAACCCAAUAUUGGACUUGAGGGUUAAUAUUCAUCUGGCUGUCAAAAAAGGGUGAGAGCUACAAACUGAAGAAGACAGCAGCCACAACAUUACUGCAUUUUAGUAUACUUGGUAUUUUUUAGUUUGAAAUGAAAAUUUUCACUAUGAAUUUUUCCCAAGGGAUAAAUAAUGUAAUGAAAUUUAUAUUUAUUGAACAAUAAUAUUUACUUAUUUUUCUUUAAAAUUAACUUUUUCUCACUAUAUUUUGCCUGUAUUAGAGAUCUGUUUGAAUUCAUGUUUUUAUUUGCCUCAAAGGAUUGGGAUAUGACAGGUCACAAAUUUAUCGAUAUGAUUGCUAUCUCUUUAAAUUUCUUAUCAGUUAAUACAUUGGAAAAAGAGAGAGGUUUGUCAUUUUUUACAAUUCUAGUUAAAAAAAAAAAACAAACAAGCAAACAAACAAAAAAUAAAUAAAAAAUUCUGUGACAAGAAUAUUAAGAAACCAAAAAUCAUGAAAAAAGAAAACUCACUUAUGAUAGUUUAAAAAAAUGACAUUUCCAGGGAAACCCAUUUUGAGACAAAAAAGAGGGCAAAACAAAACUAUGACACAAACUUGCUGAGACACAUUUCUGCUAAGACACAAGCUAGGAUAACUAACUUACAUAAAUGCAAGUCUUAAAGGUAGUGGCCUGAACUUCUUGACACUAUCCUUUUUUAUUUAUCUGGACAAAUCUAUCAUUUGAUAAUCUUGGGGUUUGUCUUAGCCUGACCUUUUCAGUUUUCCCUGCAUUUUUAAAUUUCUUAUCAAACCCCAAAUGAAUCAGUAAACUUUUCCAAAUAGGGUUUUGCACAUCAUAUUUUUUUUUUCUAAAUGUGAGGAUCAUAACGAAUGUCUGUUGAUUUUAUUUACUGAGUGCAUUUCCAUGAUAACAAUAAUACUGGUUUUAUUUUAUAUUUGGGAAAAGUAAUUUUUGGCAAAUGUGCAUGAAUGGGGCUGGCUCCAGUUACAUCAUUCUUUUGGCUUUCUGAUUACAUUGUACCAGUUCUUCAGAUGAAUCUUAUUACCACUCCAAUCUCAAACUGGAUUUUCACAUUCUAAGCAACCAUAUGCAGAAAUCCUGGUUGUUCAGAAUAUGGGCUCUCCUUUGAGAUAAAAUUACAAGUUGCAUUUAGAUCUCCAGCGGGUUUAUGUUAAGUUGGGUUAAGAUUUCUUUGCAAAUUUUCAUAGCCAUUUAAUUGACAUCAUUCCCAGGAGGAAGAUGUACAAUGGUAGUUCAUUUUAAAGUGUACAUACUAGUUUCAUUUAAAAUAGAAGUAAAUUAAGAUUAAAAAAAAAAAUUAAAAACUCUGAUAUCCCUUAAAAAAACAAACCAUUUAUUUUGAUGUAAAUGUAAAUAAGAGUAUUUAAAAAGUACAAUAACUGGUUAAGAUCUCAUGCUUUGGUACAAUGUAUGUCUUAAGUAAUUUCCUUGAAAAUCUGAGUUUAAUGCUUUAGCUGUUAACAUGGACGUAUGAAAACAUGUAAAAAUAUUACAAGGGGAUGCUUGUUGUCCUAGUGCCAUUCCAUAAAAGUUUGCAGGAGGAGCUGUCUUGUUUUUAUGUCCUAAUCAAGAGAAUUACCCUAUGCAGGUUGAGUCAAAAAUAAUUGAAGAAAACCAUCAGAAAUUGUAGAUCCUUGAGUGAUGUGAAGGUUACAAUGUACAACCUUUGAAAAUUUUCUUAGGGUACCAAACAUCACUUUUAAAUUAGGACUCUUUAGUCUACACUUUUGUUAUGCUUGUGGUAUUGAUACAGGAGCAUGUUGAUAAAGCAGUAGUUACAGUUGUGUAAGUUGUAAAGAAUAUUGACUAAAGAAAUGAGGUUUUCAAAAAUAGGCCCUGAUAUUGGUUACCACUGAAAGCUCUAUUUGUUACCAGGCUGGUCCUUUCAGGAUUUUUGUUGCCAGUGAAAAUAUAGUUGUUUGUAUAUGAAAGGUGUGGGUGGUCUUUCUUAUCAGAGUGGCGUAAGGAAUUCAUAGUUGAUAUCUGAGUACAUGAAUUUAAAGGGGCUCUGAACCAACAUAAAGAACUUAAUAAAAGUAGCAGAACUAA